GGCGUUUCCCAAUACGCAUAGGCAUAGUACACUGUUACGGUGCCUUCACCCGAUCCCCCCACAACAGUCGUGCGUCUGCGAGUGUUGUUUUUUUUUUUUUUGUUCUCUUGAAAUGUUAUUUUGUUUGUGGUGAACAAAAUAAAAAAACAAACAAAAAUGAACUAUACCAAUAAAUUGGAAAAUAAUUUUUCUUAAAUCUGUUUUGUUUUUUUUUCUGGCAACACGGUGGCGACUGACUCGAAAUGGACGCGGACGUAUCGAAAAGGUAGGUAACAUUUCAUUUAUUAAAAUAUGUGUCGACGUGUGUUACUAUUUACGUUGGCCGUGUGUAUUAGGGCACAACCUUCACUAUCAUCCGGAUUUUGCAACAAGACGAUGGUAUUAAAGUAUAUGAAAAAAAAAACAAAUUUCCGUCAUUGUUUCCCGACAAAUGUAAAACGCCAAUAGUAUAAUUACUAUCAUAAUUCAGUACUAUUGGUUUCGAAACUUGCGUACACAAUGAUAGAAUCAUGUGCCGCCUGUUGUCUAUUGUUUGAUAAUCUUUUUGCACAGAUUCUUAGUAAACGUAAUCAUCAUUUAAGUUUUUCUAAAAGGUUUUUAGUUUUUGCAAACCUGAUGUUUAUACUUAUUGAUAAUUUUUUCAUACAAUUUGCAGAUUCAAUAUUCUAUUGUAUUAUUUGUAUUUUAUUUGGUAUUCUGUAUGAACUCUAUUAUGAAAUGUCAAUAAUCAUGGUAGGUAUGGGAAUGUGUCUUAAUGAUUACCAUCUCAAGUCAUUGACUACCAAUUAUUUUAAUAUUUACAAUAUUUAGCUACCUUAUUUUGUUUGGAUUCUAUGAUUUUAUGUAUUAUUUUACUAUUUUUUGUAUUACCACUGAGUAACUUGGUUAACUAAACAGUCAUUACAAUUUUAUUCAUUUUAUAGAUUAUAAAAAUAUAGAAUAUAAAAUUCUGUAUCGGGUAUUUUCACAUAUAUGUAUACACAUACAUGUAUUUUGGUAUAUAUACAAUAUUAUAUUUCUGUACAUAUUUUUAAUUAAUCUUGUCAAAUUUUAAUUUGUAUAGUUGUGUUAUUGCUUAUAACUUAUAAAUAUUAUAAAAUAUUCAAAAUUUGAUUUUUACCUGUAUAAUAACUGAUUACUACAGUAGCAUGAUUUUAGUAUUUACAGUGGGAGAGAGGAAAAAUUAUUGAUGGUGGGUUCAUAAUUUAUUAAUUGCAAUAAAUACUAUGGGGAAUGAUUAACUAAAGACAAAUUCUGUCAGGUUUAUGAGUUUCACUGAUUUUUGGUUAAUUUUAAAGGUAACCUCUACUUAUUAUAUUUCAAAGUCAAAUAACAAUUAUUUUUAGAUUUAUAAUAAUUUAAAAUUUAAGGGUAGAUAUUAUAGUAUCUAAUCCAUAUUAAGAAUUUUCAAAGUAUUGUACCUAUAAUUUUUCUGUUUUCACAAUUAAAUAUAUUUGUGUGUAUAAUUUAUGGAUUAUGAAAAAAAGUCUGAAUUUUUUUUUUUUAAUAGGUGACUUUAUUAAAUUGGGUCUUCUAAUCUUUAAUUAGUUUUCAAUAUUAGAAAUCUAACCAUAUUAAAUUAUAUACCAGGGAUAUACCCUAGGGGAAUAGUUUUCAAAUACAGACCCCCUUAAAUGUAGUAAACCAUUCUGUAAAUCGCUUUACACAUUUUGUAUGACAGAUGUCCAAUAAUAUGGGUGCUAAUUUGAUAAACCAAACUUGAGGUAGGAGCAGAUAGGACAAAAAUAGCAUUAAGUACGAACAAUAAAAUAUUAAAAAUAAUUUUUAAAAACGUUAUGCGAAUGUAUUAAUAACUCUAAGUGAAGUAUUAAAUAGUUUUAAUUCAAGUAAGAAAUAAUAUUAAGACAUGACCAAGGUUAUAGGCUAAGGAUACAUAUUUUUAAUUUGUAUUGUACUUUUUAUUGCAUUUAUACUGUGUAUUUGGUGUGUAAUAUAUAAAAAUAAAUAUUUACUGGACUUUUAUUCGUAGAUUUUUUAUGUCAGACUUAAUACUGAAAUACAAUAAUAAUUUAUUAAUAAUGGCAAAAAGUAUCUAGAUUUUUUAAUAUUAUUCUAAAUAUUUAACUAACAUGAUAAAGUAUAUAUUAUAAAUUGGCCUUAUGAGUUUACGUUUUGUGCACCCUCCAAUCAAAUUACAUAUUACUUUAAAGUGAUGCAUUAACAGUCAGUAAUUUAAUGUAGUAGUUAUUUUAAAACUAUUAGUUCAAUAAUAAACAGUAAAAAUACGUCACUGGUUUUUGAUGAAUCAUAGACCAUGGUGAUAGUAGUAUUUAAAAAUUCAAAGCAAUAUAAUAAUAUGUGAGUUAAGAGCAUUCUAAAAGUUAUCCAUUAUUCUUCCUAAUUUUAGUAAUUUUCAAAAUUAACACUGCUUGUUAAAGUAUUUUAUAAGAUCAUAAAACUAUUAACCAAACUUAGUAGUUACCUAUUAUUAAAAUUGUGUAGUUAAAUAAUCUAAUUUUUCUAAUAUAACUUGUAAAAAUACAAUGUUUUUUAAAAAAAAGUUGUAUUCGUGCUAAGAUUUAUAACUAAUAUAAAAUAUAUAGUUGAAGUUAACCUUAAUAAUAAUUAUGUGCUACCUGUACAAAUCUUAUCAAUUUGUGUUUUUAAAGUAAAACUGAUGGGUUUGUUUUAUCUAAAAAAAAAAACAUUAAACUAUUCUACUUUUAAUAGUCUAAUAUAAAUCAUUAAGUAUCAAACAGGUGGUUUUUAUACAAUGAUGUGUAUUUAAAGUAUUUGGUAUUGUUACCUAUUAUUAUAUAUACCUAAAUAAUUUUUUUUAAAUUGUUGUUUUAAAUAUUAGUCUUGUAGGUAUAUACUUAUCAAUUAUUAUAUUCAAGUAUGUAUCUACCUACUUAAUAGUAAAGGUUAAAGGUUUUUGAUAAAACUUAAUACUAUAUUAAAUAUACAUAUUUGACUAUUUUGUACCUUUUAUCAAUAUUAAUCAUUAUAAGCAAUUUUAUUGCAUAUCUUAUUAGGCUAGGUUGUACCUUUAUUUUAAUCGUAUUUUUAUUUAACUGAUAGUAGUACCUACAUAAAGUUGUUUUAAAAUAUGACUAGUUGUUAUAACAUAGUUUGGUUAUAUUAAUAAUAAUUAUCAUAGAUACAACCAAUUUAAUAACAAUAAUAGUACCUACCUUAUUUUUUUUUUUCAUUAUUUAAAUGGUUAUUAAUUAUAUUAUUGAUUUAGAAAAUGUUAUGCUUUUAAAUAUUUAAAUAAAUUAUAUAAUUUUUAUAUACAACAAAAUAUUGUUAAGAAUUAAAAAUAAUAAUGUGGUUUUAUUUGGUUUAAACCUUCAGACAAAUUGAAUAAUUAUAUGCAUUAGAACUUAAUUUUUUUUUUUUUUUUUAGGAUGAAAUGAAUUAAAUGUUGGAUAUUUGGCCCUGGUUAUAUAUGUCUGGUGCUUUCUUCUAAAAUUCUUUCAUCCUUUAAUUGUAUCAAAGACUUUAUUUUUGAUUCCAUAGAACCUAUUGUUUUUAAUUUUAGUUUUCCAAUCAAUUAAGUUAUCCUUAUCCAGUCUGCUCAAUUAAUUUUUAUCAAUGGCUGAUCAAUUGAGUGAAACCAGCACUACAACCACUGAUCGCAGCGAUAAUUGGUCAAAUACAAAACUACCAGCAGAUAGUGAUGUUUCUGAUGAUGUUUCUAAUGGCCAAGAAACUCAUAGUUUUGCUGAUAUAUUAAGCACUGCAUUCACGGCCACUGGACCUGUGCCAAGUCCACCAGCAGAUACAGAAUCAAACAUGCAAUUAGGUAAAUGAAAUUUUGUUAGUUAAAUUAGUCAAAUACAGUAUUAUAUUGGUAUUAUCUAAUGAUAAUAUAGAAUUUAUGCUGUUUAAAAUUUAACCUAAAAGAGCUGAAAAUGUAGGAUAUAUAAAGUUAUUUAAUAAAUAUCUAGCUGAAUAGUUCCUUGGCUUAAAAUUGCAUACUAACAUAUAUCUUUUGACCUUAAACAUCUGGAAAAAGUCAAUGAAUUUGUCAAUAGUUUCUCCUUCCCUCAUUAUGCCACUCCUGCGAAAUAUACUUCCCCCAGUGUAGCUAAAUGUUUAAUAAAUAAACUAAAAGUUGGGAAAUCAUCAGGGGUCUUAUAACCUAAAAAACUAUUGUCUUAGUAACUUAUAUUUUUAGUUCCAUGUUGAGAAUUUCUUACAUUCUACUAAUCUGGAAAUUAUCUGCAAUAACUAUUAUCCUUAAGCUCAACAAACCAAAAAAUUAAAUUACUUCUUAGACUAAUCAACCUACUACCAACUUUAGCCAAACUUUUUGAAAAUUUUAAGAACAAGACCAAUACUUCACACCAACAAUAUAAUUUCACACUCUCGAUUUGGCUUCAGAACCAUACAUUCGACAGCACAUCAAAUCCACGGACUAAGCGACCAAAUCUUAUUUUCAUUUGAAAAAGUAAAAAACUUUCCAGGGGUAUUUUUGGAUAUAGCUCAGGCCUUUUAUCGGAUUUGGCAUAAAAGAUUUCUCUUUAAACAUUAUGUGUUUUUGACAUUAUUUGACUGUGUUAUUAUUUGACAGUGAUUUUUAGUGAUAACUAAAGACCGGAUUUAAUUGCAUAAUAAAUUGCAUUAUAAAAAUGCAAAAGUUAUCUAAAAAAAAUUAGAUAAAUGUUACUUUUUCAAUUAAAAUUAAUAAUUAGAUACAUUUCUAAAUUAUUUUCAUUAAAAUUAAAUCUUCCAUUACUUAAAAUAUGUUUGUACAAAGAAAAACUACGUUCUAUGUCUACACUUGUUAUUGGUGCAUAUUUAAAACAAUUUAAUAAAGUAGGCGUUAUAUCUAAAUUAAAAUUUGCUUUACCUAAUAUGACUUCAUAGUAAUAUUUUAAAAUUUUAUCAAUUACAUACAUUAAUUUUUCUUUAAUUUUUUUCCCAUUUGGACCAGAAAUAUUUGUUAAAAUAUCCAUGCUUUUCAAUAAUUCACUAUUAUAUCUUCCAAAUUUUUAAGAUUCAUAGAUAACUCGGAUUAGUGUAAUUUUAUUAAUGCUUAACCACAUUUAUAAAUGUAUUAUUUUGUAUAAGCUGUUGCAGCUUUUCGACACUUGUAGCAUGAUCUAUAAAACUUUCAAUCACGUUUUUAUAUUCUUCAAAAUUAUUUGCAUAGAAAAGUGCAGCAUUUAACCAUGUUCCUAAUCUUGUAAUAAUAGGUUCGGCUGGUAAAGAUAUACCCGACAUUUCUUUUCUGUAAAUAUUUAUUCUCGAUAGUGCUUUUAGGAAAACUUUUUUUUACCUGAAAUAAAUGAAAUAAGUUACAUAUGUAUUUAAAUUUUAAAAAGGUACUUAAUAUAUUACCAUUGUUAAUCAAUUUAUUAAUGUCUAGAUACAAUUCUCGAAUUUUCUCUAAAACUCUUAUUAACUGCAUGCACCAUAUAUGUAAUAUGAAUUAAUUUCGGGAAAAAUAUUUUUAGUGUUUUUGCUGCUUUGAUCAUAUAAGUACCAGUAUCACUAAUAAAAAGUAAUGCUUUUGUUCAAUACUAGGAAAUAUUUUUAAAGAGAAAUUAAUAAACUGACAAAUAGUUUCAUAAUUGUUGGAUUCUAGUUCUUUACAUACAACUAAAUAUGAUUUACUAGGCAAUCUAUCUAAUUUACUAAUUAAUACAAUUGCAAUAGCCAAACCUAAAAAUAGUUUAGUUAAAAUAGUAUAUUUUACUAUACGAGAAAUUAAAAAAAAUUAUUUAUGUAAACCUCUUGGAUCGGUUGUUUUGUCAAUAAUUAUGUAAACUUAAUUAUUUGGUCCAUAACACUUUUUUAAAUAUUUGGUAUGUAAUUUUUUCUUAAAGUGCUUUAUUGAGUGAAUUGAUUUGCCAAUAUGUUUUUCCAAAAUUGAUUUUAACAUAUGAUUGCCCAGCUUAUGCUUAGGAAUAUUUGCAACAACAAUUGCAUUACAGAAAUAUUCAAAAAAUACAUUUUUACUAUUCAAAUUUUAAAAAGUAAUCAAAAGCUAUUUUUCUUUAUUCCUUGUAAUGCAUUUAUGUGUUUAACUAAAAAAAAAUAUACAUGCAUUUUUGAUUUAAUAUAUAGUAUAUUACGUGUAGUAUGAGUAUAAAAUACAAAACUUUCUUGUUUUGGAAUGUUGAUCUAAUAGAAAUUUUUUUUCAGUAGACCCAGAUUUGUUACAUAUGAGACAAUAAUAUAAUCUUUUCAUCUGAUGAAAAUAUUUAUUCUUUAUUUUCAUUGUAAGGAACUAUCCAAUUCAAAAUUUUACUUUGUAAAGUUGAUUUUAUUUUAGGCAUUACGUAAAGUAUGUUCACUGUGCGGUCAAACUGAUCAAAUAAAUAGGUACUAAGUCACCAACAGGUAAACGCACACGAAUCGCUGUACUACUACAUUGAGUUUAAUUAUCACCAUAUAUAUAAAGAUGUUUAUCGCUCAUUGGGCUCACCAAGCUUCUAGAAAAUUCUAGACGAACAAUCAACUGGAUUUUUAUUAUAUAUUUAUAUUUCAUUAAAUAUUUAUAGUAAUUGAACUAUGCCAAAAAAGAAAUAAACUAAUAUUGGUACUGUAUAAAUAAAAAUACAUGUUUCUAAUGUUUUUUAGUUUAUUCUUGUUGUAUAAAGUAUAAGGUAUAUAAAAAAUUAUUUGUCCAAAAUUCAUAAUUGGUUGAUAAAUUAAAUUAUUUUGGUUUUAAUUAACAGUUGUUAAGUAAUUUUAGAUACAUUUAAAAUUGUAUUACUUCCUACUUUAAAUAUUCUAAUUAUGUACAAUUUGAGUUAUUCAUAAAAAUUAUAUUGAGAGUUGUAUAAAUGUUAUUAUUAGGAAACGAUAUGGAUUAUGAUCCUUUAUUUGCUGAUGGGAGUGAUUUAGAGACAGAAGAUACACCUCAAGAGUUUUCCCCAUUAAACUCUGAUAUAUGGAGUUAUGGAAAUACUCUUAUAGAAACACCUUGGUCAGUACCACAACGCACAGAUGAGUCAUCAAGUCGAACUGUUACUCAUCCAGUACCUUCUACUCCAACAUCAUCUGAAAUGGGAAGAAAAAGGUACUUUUGUUUUAUUUGAAACAAUUAUAUUUUUCAAGUUAAUUUUCUUAAUACCAAUGUUUCUAUAUUUUUAGAUCAUUGUUAUCUGGUGAUAAUAACUUACGAAUGAAAACUGGCAAACCUGAUACAAAUCGUCCAUUAUCAUAUCCACGGCAUCAAAUGUCUAAUAGAAUGUAUAGACCACAGCGUUAUGGUCAAGAUCAAAUGUCUUCAUCUGCAUAUACAUCUGGAGGGAAUCAAGGAAAUUAUAAGUUUACUCAACGACCCAAUUCUCAAGUACAAACUACUACAGCUCCAAGUGAUCAUUCUACAGCGAGUUCAUCAAAUCAAAACGGUAUAAGUAACCCUCAGACUUCAUCAAGUAAGUCAUUAUUUAUUAAAAUUAGUUAAAUUUAUGAUAUAUUGAUAGAGAAUGUAUUUUUCUAUGUAAACAUUAUUUAUUUUUAGAUGAAGAGUAUAAUGGUAUAUAUAGAUUAAAUAAUCCAGGAAUACCAUUACCAAGAGAAUAUAAUAGAGAUCCUAGAUUUCAGUGGGCCAAUGGGAUGGAUGCUGAUGAUGAAGAUAGUGGAAUAGAGCUGGUUACAAUCAAUAACUAUCAACAAAGGAAUAUUAAUCAACCAGUAAGUUAAUUUAUAAUUUAUUAAAAUACCAUGAUACAGAUUUAAUAAAACUACCAUAUUUUCUUAGGAAUUAUCAAUAUUUAAUUUUAUAUUAGAAUCAAAAUAAUUGUUCAUACAAAGUAUUUAACUAUAUAAACAUAUAUAGUAUUUAAUUAAUACUAUAAGGAGUAUAUAUGUUUAUUUGAUUUAAUAUAAUUUAUCUAUUUGUAAUUAGUUAUUACAUUAUUUGUUUAAUAUCAUAUAUUUAAACGUACAUUAAUUUGUUCAGCAGCCAACUGGGCCACCUGUAGUAGAUUUAACUCAAGAGUCUGAAGAAGCCAAUAAUGAUCCUCUAUUGAAUCAUUCAGGAAGAACUGCUGAUUUACCAAUGGGCCAAACUGUGUUUACACGCUAUCCAGUAGUACAGCCACAACGACAGUAUGUCGGUCAUACACCUUUACGUUCUAUGCCUACUUAUAGUCCACAUUAUGCUCCCAAUCCGAACAUUCCGAACCCCUUGUAUCGGAAUGAUGUGAUUUUCAUGGAUCAACCACCUCCUCCUCAACCUUCUUGUGUACACACAGCACAUCCACCGCCAGGUACUCCGGGAUGGCCGCCACCGUGUAGUCAGUGUCAUGGUACCUCAAGGGUUGUUUUUGGAAUGGGCGGUCACAUACAUCCAGCGCACCACCAUCAUCACGGGAUGAUGACUCAUCCGAUGCCUCCAUGUGUUCCAUCUAAUGUACCUUUAUAUCAUCAAAGAUUAUGGUAUAAUCAACAUAGAAUACAGGAAAUGCAAAGAAGAAGGAUGGAUAUGAUUAAUCCGUAAGUAAAUUGACUAUAACUUACACAUUCAUUAUGUAUCUAUUUAAUCCCAUUUUGUAUCUCAGUAUUCAUCUUUAUGUACAUAAAUGUUUUUAAAGUUUUAGUGUAUAGUGAUUAGUGAUAGAAAACAUUAAGUUGCAAAAAUGCAUAACAAUGAGAUCAAUGAUGCCAUGUGUUGUAAAUAUUUGCCUUUUUACCCACAAUUUGUUUCGGAAUUUUUCCUAUUAUUUUAAAAACUUCUUAGAAAGUCAAUAAAUGAUAUCCACUGCACCAACUAGGAAAAACUUGCGUUUAGAAAAUGUGUGCUAUACUUGAUAAUUCAAAACAAAAUUGUUGGUAGAAAAGUUCAUACAGAAAAAAAAAAACCAAUAAAUCACUCUGAAUACUCUGUUGCUCUGAAUCUAAAAUAACCAAUAGGAGGAUGUUUAUACGUGUCAUAUUAUCCUCUGAUAAUUUUGGUUUAUGAAAAUUUUUUCAUAGCCAUUAUGACUCAAAAAAUUCAUAGGCACCUAAUUUCUUUAUAAUAUUUAAUUCAGGGUCGGAAAUAUAGACAUAUAAAAUGUUUUAUGUAUUACUCCACAUAUAAAAUGACUAAAACAUAUAAAAACUUGAGUAUUUAAACUUUUAAAUUAAUAUAAUAAAUUAACAAAUCACAUUAGUGAAUAUUUUAGGAUAAAAUAAAACAAAAUCAAUUAUUUUUUGGUAUAAAUAUUAAUGUAGUUACUUUUAAUAAAGAAUAAAGAUGAACUUAGUAAUUAAUAUAAUGUGUAUAAAUUGAUGAUUAAAUUCAAUUGACAGUUAUUUUACCUGAUAAUUUCUAUUCAAGUGCAACCAAAAAAAAAAAAAAAAAAAUUAUGGUAUAAAAUAUAUACAACUAAUAGCUUAAUGCUGUACAUUUUAUACAUACGUAUAAUACAUGUUUUAUACUUUACUAUAAUAUACGUUCCAACCAUGAUAUGUAUACAUAUUUUUUUUAAGAACUGAUUGAAACUCGUAAUUUUUAUUUUUUAGUAAUACUGUGCGUUCAAUGGCGCAUAGAAGUAUGCCACCAGUUUCAUGCAUGCAGGGAUAUCAACAACCACCUCAAACACAACCAGUUCAUCCGUCUAUUCAAGCGAUUCAUACAGUGUUGCCUCCACCUCAACAACCAAAUGUGUUCAGUCGACCAGAAGUAAUCACUUCACGUAGAAUUGGUCCUACUGCCGUAAUUGUAAGUACAAAUUUUAUUCAAUUUUAAAAUGUUUUUCUGCCUGAAUGUGAUUAUAAAUUAUAAACAAUAUAUCUAAGAUAUCUAAUAGCUUAAUUAGUGUUUUUACUCCAUAGCUGAUACCUAUAAUUCUAGCCCAUAUCUUAACUACUCAUCAGCUAUAUAUUAUUUAUACAUUCCUUCUCCAAACAUCCACCAACCUGACAGUGGAUAAAGACUUUAUUUCAGCAAUAUUCAAUGUGUGUACUACAUGUAUCUUUUUCUCUCAGAUUUGCUAUAUCUACUUACUCUACUUUGUAUAUAUAUUAUAAUUACCUUAUUCAUUCCAAUUUUCUGUAUAAUUCCAUUCUAAUUCUACUUUUUCCUAUUUUUAGUAAUUUUCUAUUACACCCACAAUAUUUUUAAUGUAUAACCAUUAUGCUAUUAUAAGUUUUCUAUGUUAAUGUUCAGAUGUAUACAUUUUGUACUUAAAAUAAUAAUAUAUAUUGUUAAAUACAUUUAGAAACUAAGAAUUUAGCACAUUCACAGAGUAGGCUUUCCCUGCUUGUUUUACAGUAAUUUUUCUAAUAACAUCCACUUGUGAUAAUACACAAUCAAAUGUAACACCCAUUUAAUAUCAUUAAUGAAAUAUUGGUUUAAUUCAUUUUGUUAGACAUUAUCACCUCCUACUGAUGGAAUAGAGCAAGUACCUCCAUCUUCAUUGCAAACAGAAAUUGUUGUUCAAAGUGGUUCUUCAAGGUACAUAUUAUUUAAGAUUAAUUUUGAUCAGACUUGUAUUAUUUAGAAAUCACUUCAUUAUAUUUUAUAUAUUUUCAGUGAUGGUGGCCAUCCUCAUAUUCAUCAUUAUUAUAAUUAUCAUCCAUCUGGACCUCCUGGUAGAAUGCAUCAUGUACGCAUUAGUAUUGGUACACCUUCAGGUACUAUUGUAAAUGUAAGUUCUAUUUUAUAAUAACUAAUUAAAAGCAUACUUUUAUAACUAAAUAAUUAAAAUAUAUAAUCACAAUAAUAUAGGCAACUCCAGGCUCAACAAUACCAUCGCAGACAGGCUCAGAUUUACCUCAGAUCACUCCAGUAGGAUCAUUACCCAUGUUAACACGUCAUUUGUCGUAUCGAUUAGAAGACUAUUUAAGAUUGAUGGAACAACGUCGCAUACACAUGAUGAACCGUGGUGCUUCAAAAGACACAAUAGAAAAGAACACUUUUCCUCAUAAGUACAAGCGUGUAAGUAUUAACAUUAUUAUAAAUUAUAAGUGUAAAUUAUCAUUAUUUUUUUUUUUUUUGCUAGAUUAAGAGAUCUUCAGAUGAAAUGGAAGAUAAUACAGAAAAGUGUACCAUAUGUCUUUCAGAUUUUGAAGAUACUGAGGAUGUUAGGUAUGUACAAUUAAUACUUAAAAACACUAAAAAUACUAAAAAAAAAAAAAAAAGAGCUGAUACUAAAAUUUCGGCAGUCGAUUUCGAGGUAGUAAACUUUAUUGAAAGAAAUUGUUUUAAUUUUCGCUGGUAAAAAAAAAAUGUGAUGAGCAGUGGAUAAAAAUCAAUUUUGGAUCUGGAGGUACCCUACCUCCAAAUAAGGUUAUUUCAUUUAUAUCUGUAAGCAACGAUAAACCAUUGCUUGAAAAAAAAACGAAUCCGAGAGUUCAGUAAUACAUAAUUUGAAGUGUUGCAUUUUGUUUUGCGAUUUUCGUUUAAAUUUGAUUUCAAAUGAUUAUUAAAAAAAAAAAAAAAAAAAUUAAUCCGAUAUAAAUAUUAUUACCAAGUUUCAAGUCCACUUUUAUUUAUAACCGAAUUAUAGCAAAAAUUAAAACUCCUUAAUAGUGGUUUAAAAAUGUUUAGGUUGUGAUACCUUACGAAAUUAAAUCAAUAAGGCAAAAAAAAAAAUGUAUCUUGUGUUUUUUUUGAUUAAAUCAUUUAUUCUGGUAAAAAACGUCCAUGUUUUUUUAAAAUAAUGAUAUUGUGAAAUUGUACAUUUUUCCCACUUAAAUGCUUUUAUUUAAAAAAUAGCGUUGGAAAUCAAAAAAUGACCUUAUUAAAGUACAGUCAAGACAACUUAAGCUUUCAAAAAAGUUGCUACACGUAAAAAUCAAAGCAAAUUUAAUAGGAAAAAUGUGUCCAUUGAUUAGAAGAAAAAAAAUUAACAUCUUAGUAAAACCAAUAGCUCCCUCGCUACGCUCAGAAUCUAAAAAAACUUGCUCAUUAAUAAUAUUAUUUUCUAGGCGUUUACCAUGCAUGCACCUAUUUCAUAUUGAAUGCAUUGACCAGUGGUUGUCGUCUAAUAAACGAUGUCCCAUAUGUCGUGUGGAUAUUGAAACCAAAGAAACCAAGGAUGCAGCACCCGGCUCACCUUUGCCGUCUGAAACUCCGUUUAUUGUACCAACUUGACACGGAGAGCUGGUGGUUUUGCCACCAGGUAAUUCAUGUUCUACUUCUUCCCAUUAAAUUAUUUGUAAACAAAAAAAGAAAAAGGAAGGGGAUGAACACGUAAUUUUGCUGUAAUAGUAUUCCGCUGCUCUUAAUAUUAUAUUUUUAAAAGUUUUUAAUUGUAACCAAUUAAUACAAAUUGUUACCCUUAUUAUACACACUUUAGGGUUUUGCGUGUGAUAAAAUUGAAAGAAAAAAAAUCAGUCACACUAGUGUGCGAGCUUUUCCAAUCAUGUGAUAAAAAAAAUUUUUUAGCAAUUUGCAUGUUUUUAUUUGUUUUAAUAGAACUUAAAUUUUGUGUUAUAUCUGUUGUGCAAUUAGUUUUCCCAGCAUUAGUUAUCCAACAUAGUGGGUAUUUUUUUAUUUAUUUAUUUUUUUUUUUUUUUUUUGAAAUUUUAAAUUAUGACAUAUUAUAGAUUGUCCAUCAAUUUCAAAUAAUAAUUUUAUUUUUAAAUGCAUAUAUAUAAAAAAUAUAUAACUGUCUUUAUUUAUUUAUUCUCAGUUUAACUAAACUUCAUGUGUAAUUUUUCAAACUACGACAAUAUUUAUUUCACUUUGUACAAACUUUAAAACAAGAAAUCAUUUUACAUAUUUUAUGACUUGUUGGCAGUACUAAACUUUUAAAUUCAUUUUAAACUUUAUCGCUCAUUUUUAAUACUACUGUAGAUUUUACUUAUUAUUUUUAUAUAUAAUAUAUAUAUUAUAUGUGAUUAUUAUUAGCAUUUAAUUUUCGUUCUUGGGGCUCCUUUUUGUUUGAAACAACUACAGGUACUGAGUGGAAACAAUGCGCUGAAAACAUAUCCAUUAAGAUUUAUUUAAAAUUCUUAGUUUUUACUUUAUAGUAACUGUGUUAUUAUCAAUACAUAAAUGUUGUGGUCGUGAGUAGCUUUUAUAUAGUUCAUAGUGUUAUAUAUUUAAAAAUAGUACAUAUAGAGUUUAGAUAUUAUUUUUACUAUUAUUUUAUUACUAUUAUAUAAUAUAUUAUUUUGUAUUUUAAUUAAUUGUCACACUUAACGAAUUUACCCUUACCCUAAGUACCUGCAAUACAAAUUAUUUAAAAAUAAAUAUCAAGUUAUAAUAAUUAUUUAGUAUCAAUCGCUUAUGUAAAAUAUCUUUGAAUAAUAUAUUUACAUACAUAUUAUAUAACAUAUUUUUCUCAUUUUAACAAUAAUAAUAUUGAUAAUAGAUUUUUAUUGAGAUAAAUUUAUAAACAUGUACAAUAUUACAUAUAGUGAUUUUUCAAUUGUUAAAGGUUAAGGGUGUUUUGGAAAUGGUGUCUAAAUCAGAUUCUUAGUAGCUCAAUUGUAGAAAUCGCUCGACCAAUCAGUAUGACUGGUUUGUUUCCGGUACGGCUGCCUGAUUUUUAGCACUAUUUCUGAAUAUUUAACACAAAUAACUGAAUAUUCAUUCAUACUUCUAUUUUAAUUUAUAUAUUAUGCUACGAUUUAGAGAAUUCUAUAUUGUUUGUAUAACAAUGUAUCAAUUUACAAUAUUACUCGAUUAGCCAUUUUGCAUUAAAAUUAAAAUAUAUAUAUUUUUUAAACCAAUUUUUCUGCUCAGAGUGAAAAUAAUUGUCGUUGACUACUACUGUUCCCUUGUCUUUAUUGAUCUCUUUAGUUUUUAAGCACAUUUCAAUAUAAAUAUAUUAACUUGCAGCGCAAAAUCUCACAAUUAUCCAAAUUAUUAAUUAUUGACCAUAUUUUUUCCCAAACAUACUAAUAUUGUUUUUUUUUUUUUUUUUUUUUGCCAAGUGUAUUGUGAUAACUGAAAACCUUUUUAAUGAAAAUUGUAUGUUCUUAUUAUUUUUAUUAUAAUUAUCACCUUCCAGUUUCCAUGUGUAAUGUUUGCUUUAUUAUUAUUAUUAUUAUUAUUAUUAUUAUUAUAAUUAUUAUUACUACUACUAUAUUAUACAAAAUAUUAUUUUUUUUUACUAGACAUUUGUUAAGAUUUAUUUUGUAUAACUUUAUUGUUAUAUAUAUAUCUAUUUAACAUAUUUAAAAAAGAAAUUGAAAAUUUUAGUCACAUAUGUAUGCGUGGACGUGUUGGUAGACUAAACAACUAUGCUUAAAUAUUCAGUGUUAUGCCUGUAUAAUAUCAUAUAAAGGGCAAGAAAAAAAACAAUUAUUACAAAAUAUUGUUUGUUUAUUUAAAAAAAAAAAAAAAAACACUUAUAUACAGCCAUACACCACUGAAAUUAUUAUAUUUAAUAUAUAAAUUUUAUGUAUUACAAUAUGUAUAGAUGUAACUGGAAUAAAUUAUUUUUUUUCGUUGCUAUUGUGAAUAUCUUGUGUAGGUACAAUGAAAGUAAUAUCUUUGAAUAACUAAAUUACUAAUUAUAUAACUAUUGUUUGUUCAUUACUAAUAUGCUCAAAAAAAAUAAUAUUAUAAAUCAUUUGUUUUUCACCUAUACAUUUUUUUAAUCAUAUUUAUUAUAAUAUCAUUGGUGUUAUUUAUUUAAAAUAGAAACAAAACAAGUUUUUGAAAAUCCUUAGUAAAAUGUUUUGGUCGUUGGCUGACAUCUGUGUUAAUUCUUCUUACAUUUUUUUUUCACUUAAUCUAUUAUUUUGAGGCUGGUUAUUUUUUUCUUAAUUUAAUCAUCAUCUUCUCCAGACUCAGAUUCUG